AUAAAACAUUGAAGCUUUUUACCAACUUUUUUUUUUCCUCUUACUUUCCCUCUCAGUUUUCCUCAGGCAACAGCGGAAGAGGCGGCGGCUAGUAAGAUCAGUCGAAUUAUAUUGGUGUACCAUGGCUCAGACUGCAGAAGAUACAACAGCAAAGACUGGUGCUUACAUUCGCCCUCCAUCAGCAUUCUGCAAUUUUAUUUCAAGAGAUCCAGAAUCAACCUUUCUGCCUGACUCUGGAAGAUAUCACCUAUAUAUAUCUUAUGCUUGUCCGUGGGCAUGUAGAUGCCUUUCUUUCUUGAAGCUUAAAGGGCUUGAAAAGGCAAUCAGUUUCUCGUCAGUCAAAACCAAAUGGGAAAGAACAAAAGAAGGUGAUUCACAUAUGGGAUGGGUUUUUCCUGACUCUGAUACGGAAGAACCAGGUGCUGAGCCGGACCCUUUGAAUGGUGUAAAGACUAUCAGAGAACUGUAUGAGCUUGCAAGUGCUAAUUACUCUGGCAAAUAUACAGUUCCUGUUAUUUGGGACAAGAAACUUCACACAACUGUAAGCAAUGAGAGCUCAGAGAUUAUUCGCAUGUUAAACUCUGAGUUCAAUGAUGUAGCUGAGAAUGGGGAUUUGGACCUCUAUCCCCAUCACUUGCGAACUCAAAUUGAUGAGGUUAACAGAUGGAUAUAUGAUAAGAUCAACAAUGGUGUCUACAGAUGUGGAUUUGCCACUAAGCAAGAACCAUAUGAUCAGGCUGUUGAUGGACUGUACGAAGCACUGGAAAAAGUAAAUACUGUGUAUGCUGUUUACUUCAAACGCAACAAGAAACUGAUCCGCGAGUACCCAAACUUGUUCAAUUACACUAAAGAUAUCUUCCAAAUUCCUGGCAUUAGCAGCACAGUGAACAUGGAACACAUCAAGAAGCACUAUUAUGGAAGUCAUCCAUCCCUUAAUCCUUACGGGAUUAUUCCUCGUGGCCCUAAUAUCGACUUCUCUUCUCCCCAUGGUAGAGAAAGGUUUUCUUCUUAGUGAUGCUGACAAAACUGUUCAAAUUAUUGGCAUGUAGGCCUUAGAUGGUGGCCUUCCUGUAUUUGUUACUACGUAUACGAUUUUUCUUGCUCAAGUAAGAUGCAUAUUCUAGUAAGUGAGCUCAUAUAUAGUUGCUAUUGACUAUUGUUCUUGUUGAUCGGAUGAUUUAUGCUAUUGACUAUUAUGAUUUAUAUUUUCUUCUUCUAUUGGUGUGGUUAUUGUUUGAAGUAAUAGGGAAAUACAUACUGUAUGUUUGGGUUCUAUUGUAUUAAGAAACUAGUGUUUGUUUUGUUAAAGCUAUGUUACUCGAACUCUU